AACAGGUGUCGUUGAAAUUUAUCCGAAAAAAAAUCCGGCAGGGAGAAUGGUAAACUGUAAUUUCCCGCCAACGACGACGUUUCUUUCUUCCUCAUUCUCUGAAGAUGACCCUUUUUUCUUCACAAGAGGAGCUCAGAGCAUCCCGUCUUUGUCCCUCCUCUGCAUCCCUCUGUUGGAUGCAAAUCUCUGCUCCUUCGCCGGGUAGGCCCAGCCAUUCACCGUUGCCGCCGGCUACCUUGAAACCUCCGCCGCCAAUUACAGCCUCUGAAGAGCCCUGAGCCCGCCACCAGUGGGCUGAAUUGCCGCAAUGGCCUUCUCUUCUUGCUGCCUCAAAUGCUACCCCUGGCCUUCCCUCCCUCUCCCCCCAGUCUGCCACCGACGCUCUUCCUCCCUCUCCAUCUCUGCCGCCGCCACCCAACAGCUUAGCUCCUCCACCGCGCCCCACAACCUCCCAUCUGACUUCACAACCACCCAGCUCCUCCAUGUUCUCCGCCGCCAGCCCGACGAGACCGCCGCUCUCCACACCCUUCACUGGGCCUCCGCCCAACCCGCCUUCUCCCCCUCCCCGCCUCUCUACCAUGAAGUGCUCCGGAAGCUCUCCAAGGUUGGGUCCUUCGACUCCAUGUCGCUCGUCCUCCAAGACAUGAGGUCCUCUGGCUGCAAGCUCGACGCGACUACCUUCUCCAUCCUUGUGGAAGCCUACUCGAGCUUCGAACUUUACGACGAGGCCCUCGGAGUCGUUGAUGUCAUGGAGUCAGAAUAUGGUACUAAACCCGACACCCACUUCUACAACAACUUGCUCAAUGUUCUUGUUUAUGGGAAUAAGCUAAAACUAGUAGAGAUUGCACACGAAGGCAUGGUGAGUCGAGGGGUCAAACCCGAUGUGUCGACGUUUAAUAUACUGAUUAAGGCUCUCUGUAAGGCCCACCAAAUUAGGCCUGCGAUAUUGCUGAUGGAGGAGAUGUUGGGUUACGGGUUAUCGCCCGAUGAGAAGACCUUCACUACCAUUAUGCAGGGCUACAUUGAAGAGGGCAACCUGGAUGGGGCGAUUAGGGUCCAGGAACAGAUGGUUGGCUCAGGCUGUAAGCCCACGAACGUGACUGUGAAUGUUCUGAUCAAUGGAUUCUGUAAGGAAGGGAGGAUUGAGGAGGCACUUGGGUUUGUUGACCACAUGUCAGGCGAAGGGUUUCACCCCGAUCAGUUUACGUUCAAUACUUUGGUGAACGGGUUGUGCAAGGCCGGGCAUGUUAAGCAUGCAUUAGAGGUGAUGGAUUUGAUGAUCGAGGAAGGCUUUGAUCCUGAUGUCGUGACAUAUAAUUCACUCAUUUCAGGGCUGUGUAAGAUUGGUGAGGUGAAUGAAGCGGUAGAGAUCCUUAAUCAGAUGGUCUCUCGGGAUUGCUCUCCGAACACUGUCACUUACAAUACCCUCAUUAGCACCCUUUGUAAGGAUAACCAAAUCGAGGAAGCCACUGAACUUGCUCAGGUUCUUACUAGCAAUGGAAUUUUACCUGAUGUGCGCACGUUCAAUUCUCUGAUACAGGGCCUCUGUAAGACUAACAAUCAUCGAGUUGCAAUGGAACUCUUUGAGGACAUGAAGCGUAAGGAUUGCCGGCCUGAUGAGUUUACCUACAGUUUAUUGAUUGACAGCCUUUGCUUGAAAGGGAAAAUGGAGGAUGCAUUGAAUCUCGUUAAGGAGAUGGAAUUGAGUGGAUGUGCUCGAAAUGUGGUGAUUUAUAACACUUUGAUUGAUGGGUUUUGCAAGAACCGGAAGAUCAAGGAAGCAGAGGAAAUCUUUGAUCAGAUGGAACUUCAGGGCAUCUCGAGGAACUCGGUAACUUAUAAUUCCCUGAUCGAUGGCCUCUGCAAGGAGAGAAGGGUUGAGGAGGCUGCGGAGCUCAUGGACCAGAUGUUAAUGGAGGGCCUGAAGCCUGACAAAUUCACGUACAAUUCGCUCCUCACAUAUUUUUGCAGGCAGGGGGAUAUAAAAAAGGCAGCUGAUAUAGUUCAGACAAUGGCCUCAAAUGACUGUGAACCUGACAUUGUUACCUAUGGGACUUUGAUAGGAGGGCUAUGCAAGGCUGGUCGGGUUGAGGUUGCAAGCAGGCUCCUGAGGAGUAUUCAGAUGAAAGGCAUUGUUCCGACUCCUUGGGCUUACAAUCCUGUGAUCCAGUCACUGUUCAAGCGGAAGAGGACUAAAGAGGCAAUGAGGCUCUUCCGGGAGAUGACGGAAAGGGGCGACCCUCCCGAUGCAGUUACUUAUAAGAUCGUCUUUCGCGGGCUCUGUAGCUGUGGAGGCCCAAUUGGGGAGGCUGUUGAUUUCGUAGUCGAGAUGACUGAGAAAGGGCACGUGCCUGAGUCUGAGUCCUUCUUGAUGUUGGCAGAAGGCUUAUGUUCCUUGUCCAUGGAGGAUACAUUGAUAAAGCUUGUGGAUUUGGUCAUGGAGAGAGCGGGAUUGUCGGAAAGGCAAGUCACGAUGGUCCGGGGUUAUCUCAGAAUUGGAAAAUUCCAAGAUGCCAUGGCCACCCUUGGGGGCAUGUUAAACAAUGACAACGGGAUCCGAAGAGACCACCGGAGACGAUAGGCUCAAAAGCAUUCCUUCACAUCCAGGCAGCAUGAAGGCAAUAUGCCAUGUAAACAUCAACGGUCACUUUUUUUACCAUCAGUUAGCAUGUCGAUAGUAAGUAUAUUGGAGAUAUCAUUCGGACUUAGCCUUUAGAUGGAGAGCAUUUUUGCUCCUGUUUUGCUCUAAUGUUGAUCGUGUCCUAUGACACUUGAAGGCUGAGUUCAGCUCGGCGCAAAUCCUCUCCUGAGCUUGAUCAAAUGUGCGAUUUGUUUCUAUUUUCGUGUUUACGAGAAUCUGCUGCAUGGAUUCUCCAGUCAAGAUUCAAUGGAACAUCUUUAAUUUGCCGACUA